AUGUCCCAAUUGCUGUGUAUCCCUUUGAAAAGAAGCUUAAAAGUAGAUCUAAAGAGUGGUCUAUCAAACUUAAUAAACGACAACUUCUACCAGGUAGCGUCUGUCUUCGGCAAUGAUCUGGAAACUAUUGAUAAGAUGCGAGAUGCUGCCUUAGAGGCUGACAUUUCACCAGAAGGUGUCGAAGCUCUUCAUAACUACUACCUACAGCUGAUUCAACUCGAGAAGAAGUUUCCAGAUAAUCAACUGAGCUUUAAAUGGUUCGAAACUCUAAGCCUAAAAUCGUAUGGAAAGGAAGACUCGAGGUUUGUUUUUGAAAAGCUAAACAUAGUCUACGAUAUCGGUGCCCUAUAUUCACUUUUGGCCGCUGAUUCCAAUAAUGGUACAACUGAAGGAUUAAAGAAAGCAUGUAUUUUCUCCCAAAAAAGCGCGGGCUGUUUCUCAUUUAUUGCUAAGGAACUUAAAGAAAUGAGCGAUCCUAUCAUGGAAAAAAAAGCCAUUCAGUGCUUGGAACAAUUAAUGCUGGCGCAAGCUCAGGAGCUCUUUUGGCUCAAAGCCAUCAAAGAUGGAUUGAAAAACUCCAUAAUUGCUCGACUUGCUCUUCAAGUGUCCCUUUACUAUAAAGCUUCUUAUAAACAGGCAGCCUCGAGCGAGCUUAUACGAAGUGAUUGGGAUAAGCGCCUAAAAGACAAAGCUUCAUAUUUCGAGGCCGUAACGAGCUUUAGAUACAGCCUAAUUUUUGAUGAAAAAGGAGAUUAUGGAUCGAAAGUGAAAUCCCUAAGGGACGCUUCUGAACACCUACGCCAUGUUUCAGCGCAGGACGACACCGCUGAGCUAUUCAGAAGGAAAGUCAGCGAAGCUUUGAAAACUGCAGAACGAGAUAAUGAUUUGAUUUACCUACAAAACAUACCAACAACCAUCCCACCAUUGAAACCGGCCUCAAUGGUGAAGUCAAUUAAUUUCGAAGAUAUAAGCGGAACACCUAGCUCGACUGGUUCUGCAGCUUGUGCUCCUCUCUUCAAAGAACUUCUUCCCAAUUUUGUAAUGGAAAGCUCCAACGCUUUCAGCCAACGCCAAGAACAAUAUUUCCAACAAUACAUCGUUGCGCCUCUUAAUGCCAUGAACAAAAUGCUUCUUGAAAAGCUACCUUCUUAUGAAAUUCCGGGUGCACUGCACCCUAUCGAUCCUGAAGAGCUGGACAAUUGCGAGCGCUCUAUGAACGAUUUGAAGCUCAAUUCACAACAUGUUGGAGACAUCUUGGGGCAAGUUUUUAGCCUUUUGAGUCAAGAAUCUGAUACAGACAAGCUGCUGAGGUCCAAAUUCGGAACACUGAGUUGGACUAUUGCCCCAUCUGAAGAGGUCAAUCAAGAUUAUUGGUCAAAAUACCACAAAAUUAAGAAGUAUCUACAAGAAGGAGAAUCUGUUGAUUACGAAACGACUCAGCAGUUUGAGGUGAUAGAUAAGAAACUUCUGACAGCGCCUAUAAAGUUACCAGAAUCUAAUAACCCUCUCGUUAAAGAGGUUUCAGCUACACUUAAGAGACGAGAGGAUCUAAUUUUAAAAACAGAAAACAAGUCUUCCAGAAGCACUAUCCUCCCAAAAAUAAUAUCAGCUUAUAAGAAAACUGGCCAAACAGAAUUUGAAGGCUUGUUUGCUGAACACCUUAAAAUGUUUGACAAAGAAAUCAGCGCGGUAGAAGGCGAAAAGAACCUAAACAACAAACUGAUCGAAAAGCUUGAAGCACAAGUUGAAGGUGACAGGCAAAUGCAGCGUAUUGACGCUCGUGACAUUUUUGUUCAAGAUUUUAAGCAUUCCUUGAAGCUCUUAGGUGACGUUAAAGAAAACAUAAUAGGCGGGUCAAAGUUUUACAAUGAUCUAAUCACUUCAGCAGGCUCUCUACUAACAGAUGUGCAGCAAUUUGAGGCGCAGAGAAAGGAACAAAAGAGAAACUUGGAGGACGCUUUGCUAAAGUCAAGUUAUGAAUAA